GAAAAUUCGGUCAGUCUCGAAGAGAAAUGGGUCAGGUGGAGUUCGCUUUGACAUUUUACACGAACUAAUACGGCGAAAAUGUGAGAACUUGGAUGGAAAUCACUGCUUCAAAACAGUAUAUAGAUUAUAAAAAGUAUGGGAAAACAGAGAGGGAAGAGGAGGACAGUACUACAACUGGGUGACAACAAGGACAGUUUUCUAGCACGCUAUGGCUAUGGACGACAAAAUGAAGAAGAUGAUGAUUCAAGAGGUGCUUUUGUAGAUGGCGGAUAUGAUGAUGAGGAACAGGUAACUGAUGAGGAGCUUGAUGAAGGUCCUGGGAAGGAUGGAAUUGCGACCUCCAUACCACCAGGCCAGGUCAACGGUGGUAAAACAGACAUUGAUGACAAAGUGGCAGACUUUUUGGCUGAAAUUGAUGCCUUGCCUGUCCCAGAUGAUGAAGAGGAAGAUGAGGAGGAAGAAGAGGCUCGCCCAAGCUUUAAAGUAGAAAUUCCUCCACCAAGCUUUAAGCUGAAUACUAAUCCGCAGCAGUGCAGCAAUGAUCAGGAAGAGACGUCUAUACGGAACUUCAGGAAUGAGAAUCCACACACAAAGUCUUUCAAUAAAAAGGAAGAGGCAGCAAAAGAUAUGGAAUCUAGGUCCAAGUACAAGAGUAUGUUUGUUAAGGGGGCAUCUGAGUUUAUGACACAGAAGGAAAACACUGAAGCAGUUGCUAAGGAAUCGAGGGAAGAACAAUGGCCAGAAGAGCCUGUGUCAGUCUGGCAGCAGACGCUGGAUGAACACACCCAGUGUUUCUAUUACUGGAAUACAAUCACUAACGAAGUGACCUGGGAGAUCCCAGCUGAAUUCACCCAGUACCUGUUACUACGCAAGGAGUAUGAGGAGAAAGUUGACCGACUCACCAAGGAAGGGCGGGUCAAACCAACCAAGCCCAAACAGGACAAUCCUGACAGUGUGAAUUCUGGAAAAACUGGCCUGUUUGGUCCUGAGCUGCCCUCUGGUAGUGUUUCCUCUCUGGAAGGGGGUGAUAACUCUGGUGUAUCAUCAACCUCUAGUUUCCUGAACCAGAAGAAAAGUAGUGGUAUUCUAAAAAAUGUAGACCAUCAGCAUUCUCCCAAGCCAGACAGCACUAAGUCCUCUAAAGCAUCAUUGGUUGAUGCUACUUACUUUGACAAUAGUGAUGACGAGAGUAGUAGUAGUGCAUAUGAUAGUGAUGAUGCUAAAAAGCCAACCAAAAAGAGCAAGGAGGACUCUGACAGUGCCGAGGUAGACAUGGAUCUGGACGAUAUUGAUGCAGCCCUUGACAUGGCAUUUGACAAUAAAGAAACUAAAAAGCCCGAAAGCAAGAAGACGCCUAAAGAGGAGCCCAAAGCUAGUGUCGUAGAGAAAAAGAAGGAGAUCAAAGGACCGAAGCAAAGGAGCCUGGUUGAGGAAAUGAAGGAACAGGUCCAGAAACGACAAGAGAUGGAGGCGCGUAAUGCUGCUAGACGCAAAGCUGCCAUUGAGGAGAUGAUGGCACGAGAACUUGAGCGGCGUGUUGGACCACCAAGGAAACGGCCAAGUGAGGACGACCUCCCACAGACAGUGUGGGAUAGCAAGAGACCAAAGGGCUCUGACUUCAGAAAGAGGGACCAUGAACAUGGAUCACAUAGAUCAUCGAGUGAGAGAGAUCAUGAUAGAGACUCUAAGAGGAAACAUGAAGACAGAAAAGACAAGAAAAAGAAAAAAGAUGACAGACAUUCGAGAGAUCGAGAUGAAAAGGGAGAUAAAAGAAAAGACAGAGACAGGGAUAAGGACAAAGAUGAGAAAAAGAAAGAUAAGCAUAGAGACCGUGAUGAGAAAAAGAAAGACAAAGAUGGGAAGAAGGAGAAGAAAGAGAGUAAAAAAGAAGAAAAGAAGGAGAAGAAAGAGGUUGAAGUAAUUGUAGAGGAAAUAAAAGAAAAAGAAGUUGUGAAUGUAGAGGAUGAAAGUGUACAGAAAGUGCCUGUUGUAGAGGAGCUUCCCCCAGAAACAGAGAAGUUCCUGGAGAAAGCUAUGGUUAAGUCUGAAGAUCGCCUAAAGGAGGUCCAGUUAGCUAAUCUCAAGAUGCAGGCAUCAGAGUUGGCAGAUUUGGCUCUCAGUAAACUUGAGUUUCUGGAAGUGACAAAGAAAGGCCUUUCCAAACUACAGAUACUUCUGAUAGAGCUGGAGACAAGACAUCAAGACUGGCAGGCUGGUGGAUUGAACACAGAAUUCUUUGUAGCCAAACUUGAGGAGGCAAACUGGCAACUACAGCAGUAUGAGCAGAGUGCAGCACCCCCUGGAUGGACGUGUCACUGGGACAGAGCUUACAGGCGAUACUUCUACAUGAGCAAGAAGAGCAAGCGCACACAAUGGGACUAUCCAGAUGAUGAGGAUGAGGAUGAGGAGGAAAACGAUGACACCAACAAUGCCGUUGUAGAAAAGGAGAGCUCUGACAAGUUUGUGCCCAAGCCCCCAGACAGGCAUCCUGAAGGGGAACUUUCACAGUCACCCGAGUCCCAUUCUGUAACAUCUGCUUCUUCUGAGCCAACCAGUUUGUCAUCUAGUAUGAGGGACAUAGACCUUGUUACCUCAACGACAGUUGUCAGUGGAGGAUCAAGGCCAGAGGUUGGGGCUUUAGCUGACACCACUGUUUCAUCAAAGUCAGCUGUCAUUUCUACCAGCCAUUCGAGACAUACAGAGGCAACACGAUCAAAAGAAACUCUUCAGGAAAACCAAAGUGCUCUCAUUGAGGAAGGUUCUCAGCAGAGAGGAGGAAGUUUAAACUACCUUAGUGGUAAUGAAAUGGGAAUCUUCAGGGGGGAACCUCCACCACCAGGCACAGACCUCGAGAUGUUACUGACCGCUCCACCCCCACCUCCUCCCCCGGAUGACCAAAGACAAGGAUACGGAAGUCUGAGUGAUGACGAAGAGGAAGAGAGGGAGGCAGACCGAGGCAGACAUGAUGUCCAGAACGGUGACAGUGACAUGGAUGUUGACAGUAAUGAGGCACUGCCCUCUAGUGUUCAGACUUACAGUCCUCAAUCGGAUGGGGCUAUUUCAUUUAGUCAGCCCAACAGACUAGGGGAACAAAUAUUUGCUCCAAACAUGGAACAAGCUAGUAACAUUAUAACUAGAGGACCUCAGAUCUUCUCCUCGGAGGCUGUGAUUCCUCCAACACAGGGAAUGGGAGAUGGAUACUACCCAGCAUCUAUGGGAGACAUGGUAGAUAGCAGUGGAUCAUUUGCUGCAGCCUCCAGUACACAGGACUUUGUGGAAGGGUCAGUGGAGACUCUUCCAACUGGUCAUCCCUCCUCUCCCUAUCCUCCUGACAAAGAGAAGAAGAAAAAGAAGAAAGAUAAGACCAUGAGCAGUACAAGUCUAACACUCAAGAAGAAGAAUGUGUCAUCAAUGGUCCUGAAGUGGCAGAAGGUGAAGAAAGAGGUGGAAAUAGAGGAACGCAACAGGGAGGAACGAGAGAUGGCCAUACGCCAGCAGCUAGAGGAACUCAAACAGGAGUACAGCUGAGUUGUCUCCCUUAAGACAUGAAUGUAUGGUGUACGCUUGUGGACUAAUGUAGUGGUCUCCUACCUAAAGACAAUCAGAAGUCGUGACAGAAAAUGAAAGAUUUUGUGAAAUUUUCUUUCAACUACAUAAUUAUAGUGCAAGGUAUUUGUUAAAAUGAACUUAUUAUUUUCCAAAUGAUUUUGCAAUGCCUGAUUGACAUGACUGUGAAAUCUGAGUGUGCUGCUAUUAUCACUAUAUCACAAAGAUUGAGGAACUUACUGCUGUAUCACAUCUGUCUCCGGAGACUCAACAGUCACGGAGUAACUGAUGUAUCCCAUCUGUCUCCGGAGACUCAACAGUCGCGAGUAAACGUUGUUAAAGCCAGUCACCAUAGAAGAAUACAUGUAAAAUUUGAUGUGUUUGAAAUUUUGAAGACUGAACUACUGUUUCAUCGGGUAGAGAAUUUACCUGGUCAAUAAAAAGUGAAUUUGUGUAAAAUGAUUGGCAUGAAUUAUGUAAUGCAGGGCUCCUUGUACAGGUUUGUAUUAGGAUUUUAACUAACAGUAUAUAUACUCACUUUCUUCAUGUAUGUUUGUGUGUGGUCUCUGAGGAGCUUAAAAACUCUUGUGCAAUUUGGAAAUUUCUUAUAUUUCAAAAUGAAUCAUCAUAUCGCAGGUUGAAAAAUGGAAUACAGCUAUGAGUUGUGAUUGUUAUUAUUAAAUACACCUACUGUGUAUGAGCUAGACUUACUGUGAGAGAUUAAGGAACAAGGAGAGUAUUGGUCAUAAUUAUGGCAUGCAUUUUAAGUAUUAGUCUCUAAAACAAAUGAUAAAAUACAUGAUGUGUAUAUACAGUUUUAUGUAUAACACUGUACAUUGUAAUUUUAUUGUGAGGAUCAGAUUGGUAUCAAGGUGGUGUAUAUAUAGUCCACCUGAUCAGGGUACAAUGUAUAUGCUAACUUACACCUUAAUAGUUUUGUUUGAAAGAUUAAUUUAAUGUCACUUGAUCAUUUAGAAUUAUUUAGUGAUAUGCCAUUAUUUUAUAGAGGUCAAGUUAUAUCGCCAGUCAUAAAGGAUGUUUCUAGAUAGUAAUGAGAUGAACUUGAGAUGUGAAUGAUAUAGUGGAAUACAGAAACAAUGAUUAUAUGUGAAUCUAUUUAUGUCAGUUAGAGAGGCUAAUAGAUGGAAGAUGUUACUUCCAGAAUACAUUAAAAUCAGAUUAAUGUAAAAUGGAGGUUUUACAA